AUGGGUGAGUCUUUCAGGUGGAGGACAAUGUUCUAUGCAGCGAGUAUGCAUGGUUUUCUUCUUGCAUUUGGUAUGCAUUUUGCAGUAGAGAGUCCCCGUUGGCUUUGUAAAGUUGGACGACUGGAUGAUGCCAAAGUAGUAAUCAAAAACAUAUGGGGGGAGUUUGAAGUCGAGAAAACUGUAGAAGGUUUUCAUUCGGUUAUGAAGAAUAAUGGCUCUGACUUAGAUAGUACAUGGUUGGAACUUCUCCGUAGACCGCAUUCACAAGUUGCAUUCAUUGGGGGAACCCUUUUUCUCCUUCAGCAAUUUGCGGGAAUAAACGGUGUUCUUUAUUUCUCAUCUUUAACGUUCCAAAACGUUGGAAUCACGAGUGGUGCUCAAGCAAGUCUUUAUGUUGGAGUCACAAAUUUGGCAGGUGCUCUGUGUGCAUCUUAUUUGAUUGAUAAGCAAGGAAGAAAGAAGCUUCUUAUUGGAAGCUACUUGGGAAUGACGGUUUCUAUGUUUCAUAUUGUUUACUUUGUUGGUUUCCCAUUGGAUGAAGAUCUGAGUCAGAGUUUGUCAAUAAUUGGAACACUCAUAACCUUUAAUAAGUAUCACCAUUAA